GAAAGUGGCUCUUUCAGUUUCGGUUUCGGUUUCUUCUUCCUCAAUAGCAUUAGGGCUUCUCUUACUUUGUCCCGAAUCUCCCUUCCCUUCAUCGGCCCAACAUGGCAGUUACAAAAUCCUCUUCCAUUCUAGUCAUCGGCGCAGGAACAUGGGGUACAUCUACAGCUCUCCAUCUCGCCCGCAGAGGAUACACCAAUGUGACCGUGCUAGAUCCUUACCCAGUACCCUCUGCCAUUUCCGCAGGCAAUGACGUGAACAAGGUCAUCUCCAAGGGCCAGUACAGCAGUGACCCGAACCGAAUGGACGUAAACGAGAUCCUGGGCAAGCAGGCCAUGGACGCAUGGUUCAACGACCCCCUAUUCAAACCAUUCUACCAUGACACGGGCCUGUUGAUGUCCGCCUGCACCGAGACAGGAAUGAAGAGACUUGGAGUACGCGUACGACCGGGCGACAAGGACGAGAACAUGGUCGAGAUGUCCACGCCGGAAGAAUUCCGCAAACUCGCGCCUUCAGGCGUCCUCAGGGGCAAUUUCCCCGGUUGGAAGGGAUACUUCACCCGCUCUGGAGCCGGGUGGGCGCAUGCUCGCGAUGCCCUGGUGGCUGCUGCGCGAGAGGCGCAGAGACUAGGCGUCAAGUUCGUUGCUGGCUCGCCUCACGGCAAGGUCAUUACGCUCAUCUUCGAGAACAACGACGUCAAGGGCGCCGUGACGGCUGAUGGGAAGAUCUGGCGUGCGGAUCGCACCAUUCUUUGCGCUGGUGCCAGCGCAGGCCAGUUCCUGGACUUCAAGCAGCAGCUGCGUCCGACAGCUUGGACGUUGGCUCAUAUCCGUCUUGAGCCGCACGAGCGGCCUUUGUACAAGAAUAUCCCUAUUAUUUUCAACAUCGAGAAGGGAUUCUUCUUCGAGCCCGACGAGGAGCGCGGAGAGAUCAAGAUGUGCGACGAGCACCCCGGAUACACGAAUAUGGAGCCCACCCCUGACGGCUCGUCACUUGCCAGCAUUCCCUUCGAAAGGACCCAAAUUCCCAAGGAAUGUGAGACAAGAAUGCGAGCUCUCCUCAGGGAGACCAUGCCUCAACUGGCAGAUCGUCCUUUCAGCUUUGCCAGAGUCUGCUGGUGUGCCGAUACGCCAAACAGGGAAUUCAUUAUCGACCAACAUCCUCAGCAUCCAUCUCUGAUCCUGGGCUGCGGUGCAUCCGGACGAGGCUACAAAUACCUACCCUCAAUCGGCAGUCUUAUCGUCGACACCCUGGAGGGCAAGGUCUCGUCCCGUAUUCGCGAGGUCGUAAAAUGGAAUCCUGAGGGUGCCGUGAACAGAAACUGGAAGGACACGCUCGGGAGAUUUGGCGGCCCUAAUGAGGUCAUGGACUUCCAUAAUGUCAAGGAGUGGACUCAUUUGAAGGAGAGGAACAUAUCCAAGCUUUAAUUAAUUGCACGGGCCGGGGCG